GGUAAUCCCUCUCUUACGAAUUCUACUUUUUCCCCCUUUCUUUACUCUAAAAAUUUCAUCUGGAAAACGCUACUCUCUCAAGAAAAUGGUAAAAAAUUGAAGGCACAUUCCCUCAGAAGAACCCUAAUAAUUUUCAUCCGAAAGAAAGAAAAAGAACGAACAGGAAUCUGCUCGAAGAAAGAGAUGGUGGCCGUCAAGGGAAGGCUGAAUUCCCUAACAAGUCGAGUUAAACAAGACCACAAAAUGAGCAACAAUGGAGGAGGCAGAAAUUUCAAGAUUUAUGCGGAAGUUGAUAAUGUUAAAAUUGGCGAAUGCGAUCCUCUCGCUAAUGAAUUCAAGAGAAAAUCCGUUCAGCAUAAUCGAGGAAGUUAUCAGCUCAAUGUUAAAGAUUCCAAGAGUGGUGUCAAGAAUUUAGAGAAGAGUAAAAGCAAGAUAGAUACAUCUGUGAAGAUAAAUGUCAGAAGAAAAGUUUUGGCAGACAUCAGCAAUGCUAAGGGAAGCUUUUCGAAAACUGCACUGGUACCAGAGGAUACAGUCUCUGCAGGCAUUAGGAAAGCAAGUUGUUCGUCAGAAAAAUUCUCAAGGGGGAAAGUGACACAAGCUUCUGGCGAAAAUCAUAUUUUAAAAAGGCAAGUCAACAAAAAUAUGAAGGCCACCUCUGACGAGCAAGUGACCAAGGUUCAAGGCCGAAGCUCUAUGAUUACAACUGGCAGGACAUUUGUGAGAGUUCCUCUCCCUCCAACAAGGAAAUCUUUACCAGUACUAAAGCAAGUCAACAAGAUGGAAACAAGUGAUUUGAAGAAGGGGAAAAUGAGGUUAAACCAGAUUCAAGCUUCUGGCGAAAAUCAUAUUUUGAAGAGGCCAGAAGUCCACAAAAAUAUGAAAGCCACCUCUGAUGAGCGAGGGACCAGGGUUCAAGGCCGAGUUUCUAUGACUACAACUGGCAGCAGGAAAUCUGUUAGAAAUCCUCUCCCUCCAACAAGGCAAUCAUUACCAGUAUUAAAGAAGAUCAACAUGGAAAAAAGUGAUACAAAGAAGGAAAAUUCUGAAAAGUCAGAGAAGUUUAGCGUAAAACAUGGAUUUCCUGUGAAGCCCAGAGUUAGCAGAACUGCUGUAACCCUCCCGAGCAAUUCGAGCAGCCGUCCAAGGAGAAACAGAGUUAGCUAUGAUUUUGUGGUCAUGACAUCUAGAGCUCAGUCGAAGGUUGGUACCGGAGUAUUGUCCAGAAAAUCUGCCAAAAGUACUGUGAAAAUUGCAAGUGCAAUUUCCACUACGCAGAGAAACUCAAAAUCAAAGUGCACACUGGGUACGAACAAACUAAUGUCUGAUGCUGCUAUUUCGUCCAAGAGAAAGCAGGACAUGGCCAAACCUUCUCUGUCUGCAGAAACUUCCUCAGUUGUUUCCAGUGAAAAACCCUCUCAAAAGGAGGUUCUUUCUGGUAGUAACAAUAAUGUUGAUAGCACUAGGUUAGACGUUAUUGCUAGAAGAAAAUCUGACCGCAGGAAUUCGUUUACAUUCUCACUGAUGUCCGGAUCAAAGUUUCCAAAGCAACAUGGUAAAACACUGGAAAAUUUACCCAAUAUAUACGAUGUUCGCAAUCAUCUUGAAGUUAGUGAUUAUGUGGACGACAUAUAUCAGUAUUAUUGGGUUAUGGAGGGUCAGAAUCCAUUGUUGAAGGAUUACAUGGAAAUUCAGACAGAUAUUAACCCACAGAUGCGGGGAAUAUUGGUCAACUGGCUUAUUGAGGUUCAUCACAAAUUUGAUUUAAUGCAAGAAACACUUUUCCUCAUGGUUACACUUCUAGAUCGGUAUCUCUCCCUUGAGAUCAUCAAGAAGAAUGAAAUGCAAUUAGUUGGCCUUACUGCACUUCUAUUAGCAUCAAAAUAUGAAGACUUUUGGCACCCCAGGGUCACUGACUUAAUUAGCAUCACAGCAGAAUCAUAUACCAGAGAUCUAAUGCUUGGCAUGGAGAAGGCAAUCCUAAAGAAAUUGAAAUUUCGUCUUAAUGAGCCUACUCUUUAUGUCUUCAUGCUAAGGUUUCUCAAGGCUGCUCAAUCAGAAGUAAAGUUUGAACAUCUUGCAUUUUACCUCAUUGAGCUUUGCUUAGUUGAAUACGAGGCUUUAAACUACAAGCCCUCAAUGCUCUGUGCAUCAGCUAUCUAUCUUGCCCGAUGUACAAUGAAAAUGACUCCAACAUGGACUCCUCUUCUAGAAAAACACACUCGAUAUGAAGAACCCCAAUUAAGGAAUUGCACGGAGAUGAUAAUGAAGUUCCACAAAGCUGCUAGAACUUCUAUGUUGAAAGUCAGUUACGAGAAGUACAUGAAACACGAUCACUACAAAGUUGCAGCUAUAAAGCCUUUGGACAUUCUUCCUCUCUGAUUCCACAUUGAUGUAUCGAUUUCAAGUUUUUGUCCCUUAACACCAUCUCUCUGCUAGUGGACUGGACUGCACGUUGAUAUAUAAUAUGGUUGAUGAAGUCUAGGUUAGACGUCAAAAGUGUGCGAUGUGUAUUGAGAUUUAAAGAUAUAAGAGUAUCUUAACUGUUAUGUUAAUAGAAAAAGUCUUGGAUCUAUCCAUUGUAAAAUCAAAUAUAACAAUUUCUAAAAGCUUAGGUCCAGUGUGCAUUUUGUGUCA